CGUUGUCGGUGGGUCAUUUAUAUCUGGACUCGGCUUCAGGUGGUAGGAAUGUCCUGAUGGUAAUCGUUGAUGACCUCCGCACAAGCCUAGGCUGUUAUGGUGAUGAUAUUAUCAAGUCUCCCAAUAUUGAUCAGUUGGCAUCUCACAGUAUUUUAUUUACCAAUGCUUAUGCACAGCAAUCGGUGUGCGCUCCCAGCAGAGUCUCUUUUUUAACUGGAAGAAGACCUGAUACCACCAGGCUGUUUGACUUCAAUUCCUAUUGGAGGAAGCAUUCGGGGAAUUACUCCACUCUCCCGCAGUAUUUUAAAGAGCAUGGCUAUGUAACUAUGUCAGUGGGAAAAGUUUUUCAUCCAGGAAUCUCAUCUAAUCAUAGUGAUGACUAUCCUUACAGUUGGUCAGUCAGACCUUUCCAUCCAUCUUCUGAGAAGUAUGAGAAUAUGAAAACCUGCAAGGGUAAAGAUGGAAAGCUACAUGCCAACUUGGUAUGUCCAGUGGAUUUGGCUGAGGUACCAGAGGGGACAUUACCAGAUAUACAGAGCACCGAAGAAGCCAUCAGACUACUGAAACUUGUAAAGCAGCAAAAUUCUUCAUUCUUCUUAGCCGUGGGCUACCACAAACCUCACAUCCCAUUUAAAUUUCCAAAAGAGUUUCUAAAGCUUUACCCAAUAGAAAAUAUUUCUUUGGCACCUGAUCCAGACAUUCCUAGAAAUCUCCCUCUUGUUGCUUAUAAUCCAUGGACAGAUAUUCGUGAGCGAGAGGAUGUUCAAGCAUUAAACAUUAGUUUUCCAUAUGGACCAAUUCCAGAACAUUUCCAGCGGCUAAUCCGUCAAAGCUACUUUGCUUCUAUUUCAUACCUGGACAGUUUGGUUGGACAGCUGCUGAGCACAGUGGACAAUCUUGGGUUGUCCAAUGACACCAUCAUUGUGUUUGCCUCUGACCAUGGGUGGUCUUUAGGAGAACACGGUGAAUGGGCAAAGUACAGCAAUUUUGAUGUGGCUACUCGAGUUCCACUGAUGUUUUAUGUCCCAGGAGUCACUAGCAGAGGCCAACUACAGCAGAACAUUUUUACUUACAUUGAUCCUCUGAGCCCUGAGCCAAAGAGAAACAUUCCAGGAAAUGUCAAGGAGGAUCUUGUAGAGCUAGUAUCACUCUUUUCAACCCUUGCUGAUCUUGCUCAGCUUCCUCCUCUGCCAGAGUGCCCAUUCUCUUCAUUCCACAUAGACAUUUGCACUGAAGGACAAAGUCUUUCUCCGUACUUGACCACACCCAAGGACAGAAGAGGAAAUGGGGGCACUGUCGCUUACAGCUCUUACCCCAGACCCUCCGAUACUCCUCAGUGGAAUUCAGACAAGCCUGAUCUAAAAGACAUAACAAUUAUGGGAUACUCCAUGAGAACAACUGACUAUAGGUUUACUGCAUGGGUUGGAUAUAAUCCAAUUACUUUUGAAGCCAAUUUUUCAGACGUUCAUGCACAGGAGUUAUAUUUUGUUAAAACAGAUCCUAAUCAAGACCGCAACUUGUUUAACAGUUCCAUUCAUUCUCAUCUACUUACAAAACUUUUUUUGGCAACCUGAAAAUCUGAAGU